AUGGGCGAAGAAAGAGCGCGGGCUAAGCAAGCUGCUGCUGAGAAGCAGUCGGUUACUACGAAGCAGUCAGCACAAGAGCCGAAAGCCGCAGCCGGUAAGACUGAGUCUGCACUGGAACUAAAGUCGGGAAAGAGAAACGCUGACAAUGGCAACGUUGUCGCUCCGGGAACGAGUAUCAGUCUCAACCUCACCGUCUCUGUUGGGCCUAACGCCAAGGCUACGACCAAGGCGACCAAGGCCAUGACUACUGCUGCCAAAACUUCGACCCAGCGCCAACCCAGACAUCAGCCCCAGACCCUCCCAACGGAGACAAACCUCCCAACGCAACCGCCCUUCGACCCGAGCCUCGAUUUGGCCGUUCUAGCACCAACACCCCCUCCCCCUCCCCCCCCUGUGCGACAGCACCUUUCCUACCGGGACAGCAAUGACGACGACCCGCUCCUCCUCUACAGCGAGCUCCUCCCCUACACUGACCUCCCCCCUUCGGACCAAUAA